AUGCACUUCAAAGUACGACUUCAGGAUCACUGCGUCAGAACACGUUAUUUCAUCAGCUUUCGGUGGCCUAUAUAAACAUAUGAUCAUGAUGAUUAUUGUCUUGUUUUCUGCAGAAUGUCUCGCCAUUAUCACAGUGAUGUUGCUAGAAACGUUAGCAUUUUGGGCGCUAAGCUCAAGUUUCCGAGUGGGAAAAUUGCACAGAAUCGAUUUCUGAAAGCUUCUACUUCUACUUUCACUUCUUCCGUUUCAACCGAUUUUUAUGAGGAACGGUACGGAAUGACUAUCAUUGGGAACAUCAAUACUUUUGUGGUUAGUUACAAAACAUCCCGUAAACUCUUUCGAAAUCGCAAUAACCGUUAAGGACCGUGAAGUCUCUGACGAAUUGGUAAAGCAAAUCGGAUCACUUGUUGUAGUGCAGUUUUCUCGUGACCAUGAUCCAGUUGAAGCCGCAAAGUACGUUCGAGAAGCUCGAUUUGACGGAGUUCAACUGCAUUCCCAACCCGACGUUUCAAAGAUUCAUGAAGCUAUCAGGCAGCAAUGUCCAGCGUCAACCGGAUUUAUGAUCGGAUUGAAAGUCGAUUCCGACGAUUUCACAUCUGAAAAGAUCUCACUGAAAGAAGCUCUGAAGACCUGCGAAGAGUAUGAACGCACUGGCUUUGACUUUGUCGAGUUCUCCUUCGAGCCACAAAAUGAAUCGUCCGUGUUGGAGUUUGCUGAGCAGGUUUGGCCUGAAAACCCGAAGCAAUCUAAAUAAACAUUUGUGUUUCAGAUCCGUCCAGUAUUCAAAGAUACCGUUGUGUACAUGACAAUGCGAUACCCAACCGUCCGUUCGAUGGUAGAAGCCGUCACUUCCGGAGCCACUCAAGGAAUCGGAAUCGGUCAUCCGACAAUCAGAACGGAUCUUCCGAAGAAAAUUCUGGAGGGCACUGUGACCACAGUCAUUCGAUACGUUUCUGAUAACGAGAAUAAGGAACCUGUCCCUAAGGCGAGAUCAUUUGUUAAGUUGGACGGUGCGAGAGUGAAAACUUAA